CGUUCAGCGAGUUUAUCCGCAACGGGAGCAGCACUCAUUUUCGGGUCGAGGUCAUAGGUCGCUACUCUGGGAGACGGGAUUAAUUCCCGCUCCUCGCCAGGGAAGUGCUUCUCGACGCCGCCGUUGAAGAAGAAGGUGACAUGGGCGUAUUUCUCUGUCUCGGCGACGUGGCAUUGUUUGAGACCUUGUUUGCCCAGCCAUUCUGCGAGAACAUUGCCCAUGUGCUGUGGGGGGAAGGCGAUGGGGAAUUUGUAGUCUGUCUUGUAUUGGGUCAUCGUUGUGAUAGAGAUGUCUUUGGGGUAAGGGAAGUUUGGUUUGGGCGAUCGGUCCACGUCCCCUAGGAGCUGCGUUAUUUCCCGCACACGGUCAGAGCGGUAGUUGAAGAAGAAGAGCGUGUCGUUGUCUGUAUAUUCGGGUAAGCAAGUACGAAAUACACGGCGGGGGAAAGGCGAAAUGUACCUUGGAUUCUCCUCUCCUUUCCUCCAAUAAUAAUUGGCUUCAAGAACUCAUCAUUCUCCCCUUUCUCAUAUCUCUCUUGGAUGGUCUUGACCGGAUCCGUCGAUUCCUCCCCUCCUUCGCCAGUAACGAGCCCGUGCAUAGCGACUUCGACACGGUCCCACCGCUUAUCGCGAUCCAUAGCAUAAUAUCUCCCAACCACAGUCGCCAACUCACCCACACCCAAUUCCUUGGUCUUAUCAAGCAACUGCUGCAUAUACCCAGUCGCACUCUUUGGAUCCGUAUCUCUCCCAUCACCAAAGAAAUGGAUAAAGACCUUGGGAACCUGCAUGUCCUUAGCCACCUGUAGUAGUCCGAACAGAUGGUUGAUGUGCGAAUGGACACCGCCGUCAGAGAUGAGGCCGAGCAGAUGCAAUCGCCCAUUGCCAUCUUUCGCCUUCUGGAACGACUUGACGAUGUUCUCGGUUUUGUUCAUCUCUCCUUUCCUCAGGGUUAGGUCGAUGCGUACGACAUCCUGCCAGACAACGCGGCCGGCGCCAAUGUUCAGAUGGCCCACCUCACUGUUUCCCAUGAGGCCUUCGGGGAGGCCUACGGCAAGGGAGGAGGCGUCGAGCUCGGUAUAGCCCUGUGCAGUUUUGGAAUUGGAGUCGGCGAAGGAGGACAUGACGGGAGCGUCAGCAGCGGCGAUUGCGUCCCCAUCAGGAGGGGAGUCGGGGCCAGCAAUACCCCAGCCGUCAAUAACGACUGUUAAGGGUCAGCGUUGGCGUUAAUCAUAAACUGUUUCUCUGAGAGAAUGAUGGUAUAUAGGGGGUUGUGUGAAGCAAUUGAGGAAUAUUAACAUACUCAACACAGUUUUUUGGUCGACCUUGGCCAUGGUGACGAGGAAUGUCGAGGGUACAGAGAUAAUUAGUAAAUUAUUGUCGCCAAUUGAUUAACAUAAGGGCAGCAAUUGGUUAUGUUUAGCGAUUUAACUGGUAAUAGUGUAUUAUCUAUGUGCAAAGAUGUAUGUGUAUGGAGGAGAAAUAAAUGUUGGCGGGGGAGGAGGGGCAUUUUGGUAGUCUUAAAUAUAUUCUGCGUAGUCAGCUUGGGUUGUUCUACGUCACCGAAACGGGUUUGCUCCGGAAUUAGAAUCAAAAAACAAGGAGAUAUCGAUUACAACAUUAACUCACUUACUUGCCUUGCGCGCCACCACCACACUUGCUGAUGACAACGGCGGCAGCUAGGGCGGCUCAAGGGCUUCUGCAUCACAACCAUAACAAUUAACUAACCUACAACCCGGAACUAGGCGGGAGCACCCAGAGAUUAUUAUAAUGGCAUCUUCGCGAACACCCACCUCCGCCUCCCUCCCAGGCCAGAAAGCCUCCUCCCUCCAACCGGCCACAGGCACAUCCUCACCCGCGACACCCAGCUUCUCCCAGCAAUUCCAAUCCCAGACCCAGCCCCAACUCCAGCCGGAGCCGCAAGACACCGCACAACCCGCCCCCUUCCCUCCUCCACAAACCUUCGAUAUCCUCCCCGCGCUCCACGACCUCCUCCUUCGCCUUUCCUCAAGCUCUUCAGACCCGCACCAACACCCCGCAGACCCAACCUCUACAGGCGGCAAUGACGGACCAUCAUCAGCUAUCGGCGGACCCGGGCCGGGCCACGGAGCGUCGUCUGCCAAUGCAACCGCUGCGCGUCCCAAUACCAUAGACGCAGCUGCAGUUGCUUUUUUGGACCCAAAGUUGCUGCUGUCGGAAGCUAGCGCGGUGAAAAUUCGCAUUCAAAAGGCCAAGGCGGCGUUGGCGGCAUUGCCGGAUAUGCAGCGGGAUGUGGCGGAGCAGGAGGGUGAGAUUAAGGCACUAGAAGAGAAGAUUGAGAGGCUGAAGGGGAUUAUUGUAGAGUUUGGGAGGAGAAGUAGGGUGGUUACGGGACUGACAGGGACGGGAUAACAUGAUGUUUUCUGGAGUGGUUUUAUUCUGGUGCCAAAGAUUUUGUCGAUGUUUUCAUUUAUUUGAGGAAAUGCGAUGGAGUAAGGCGCUAUUAUUUUCUCUUAUUUAUAUACUAGGGGAACUAUGGAGUGGUUGGUUUGGCGUUACCUGGUUGUAUGUCAAGAUUCACGGUUUUAAGGUUAAGGUAAUAAUAAUUCAGGGAUAGACUGAUUACAUAUUUCAUUGCUUUUUAGCAUGAAUUAACCGACUACCCUAAAAUGUCUGCGGGUGACAAGUCAUUUCGGAACUUAGAUGGGAUUAAGAAGGAGAUGUGAGCAUGCAUGUGCGUAUAUCAGCUCGUGGGUGGUUGAAUUCGUACCCACGUUAGAUAAUUUGUAAGCAUUCUGACGAUGAGAUUCAGAUAUGCCCAAUGAAAGAAGAUGAGAGAGAAUGAGAAAAAAGAAAUGCAAGAAUAAAAUAUACAUAUAGAAUCGCCCAGCUGCGCCAUGGAUCGCUUGUUGAAAAUCCAUUGAACUCAUGCCCAUCAUGCAAGUAAUCUUCGUUGUCCUCAUGUUAGGUUGAAAAUAAAUACUACUUUUGU